CAACGCUCGAAGAGAAAGGCGAGACAAAGCGCGAAGAUAGCGGAGUUAAAAACAGCGAGUAUGUUGAAAGAGUUGGUGAAGGAGCGACUCAUGGCGGCGGCUGAUGAAAUAUUCGCCCUGUUUGAAAGAACGAUAGCGUCGUACGAGGAGGAACUUUCUAGAACACGAGAGAAGGAGCGACAUCGACAACAACUGGAAUUUGGUUGCAAGACUCGCUUUGUGUUGCACAUUGAAGACGUCCAGCAGCGGGUUGGUUGUCAGGAGGAACGUUUUCCUCAGUCUCAAGUGGAGACUUCCACUUUGAAACAGGAGGAUCCAGAUCCCCCCUACAUUAAAGAGGAAGAGGAGGAACUCAGGAUUGCUCAGGAGGGAGAGUGUCUUCUCGGACUGAAUGAGGCUCAUCCCACCAAGUUGCAACUAAGUGGUGUCUCUGUGAAGACUGAAGACGGUGAAGAGAAACCACCCGAGUCCUCAGAGCUUCAUCCCAGUCCAAGCGAGGAGAACAGAGGGGCGGAGCCUCCAGGCUGCAGCUCAUCACAACACAUGACAACAGAAGCUGAGGAAGACUACUGUGGAGCUCCUCUAUCAGAUAGUGACGACAUAACAACACACUGCCCUGAGGAUGAAGAUAGGAACCAAGAACCUUUGAGCAGCGAUACAGACUGCGAAGGUGAUAUCACCACUCAAACUGACAACAAACAUUCUGAAUGCUCUCAAACGAAGACAGGUAAAAAAUGUUUGAACUGCCCACUUUGUGGUAAAAACUACACCUAUGAGUGUUUUUUGACCGAACACAUGAGAACUCACACAGGAGAAAAACCAUUCGGUUGUUCUGUUUGUGGCAACAGCUUUACUCGGAAAGGUGAAAUGAUAUCACACAUGAGAAAUGUCCACGGAGAAAAAAUGUACAGUUGCUCAGUUUGCGGUGAACAUUUUUUCUUUCAGAUCCAGUUGACCCGACACAUGAAACGACACACUGACAUACCUUUCAGUUGUUCUGUUUGCGAUGAAAUAUUCCCUCGCCGGGCAGACCUGGUGUCACAUGUGGCGAUUCACAAAGGCGAAACAUCUUUUAAAUGCUCAGUCUGUGAUAAAAGCUUCCCCACGGUGUUCCAGUUUGACACACACAUGAGAACUCACACCGGAGAGAAGCCUAGUUGCUCGCUUUGUGCUAAAACCUUUUCUAAUGGAUACUGUUUGAAUUCACACAUGAAAACGCACACCGGGGAAAAACCCUUUCGUUGCUCUGUUUGCGCGACAGACUUUGCUCAGCGAUCCAGUUUGAACGUGCACAUGCGCCUUCACACUGGACUGAAACCUUUUUCUUGUUCGGUCUGUGGUGCAAAAUUUGCUCAGCGGACCAGUUUAAAUACACACAUGCAAAGUCACACUGGACAAAAACCUUUUAGUUGUUCCGUUUGUGCGAAAAGAUUUGGUCGCAAGUACUGUCUAAAAGUGCACAUGCGCACUCACACUUGAGGGAGAAACCUUUCCCCCGCUGCUUUAUUUUGGGGUAAUUUAACCAGAAAAUAAUAUCUUGUUCAAACGAUGCAUUUUACAAUAAAAUUGCACAAAAUAAAUACAAACAAUUGAAGUAAAACAGACUGAGUGAACUAGAGAUGCGCGGAUAGGCAAUUAUUUCAUCCGCAACCGCAUCACAAAAGUCGUCAACCAUCCGCCAUUCACCCGAACCAACAUUUUAUCAAAACCACACCCGCCCGCCAUCCGCCCGUUGUUAUAUAUAUACCGUAU